AUGAAUUGUGUAAGUGCUGGCCAACUAUGUAGCCCGAUGAUUUUGAUCGAACUAUAUGCGUGUAAAGGCACCCGUUUGCACGCAUUCGCAUGUAGCAUACAUACACAUAUACAUACAUCGAUAUAUUUACGUAUAAAUCUUCUCUAUUGCGUGUGCUUCUGGCCUUUGGCCGAUCCAUCCAUCCUCUCCCGUCCCUCUGUUCACCCGUCUGCUUGUUGGCCUCCUCGUUGUUUUCUGCCCGAGCAGGAUCUUUCUUUCAAAGAACGUCACUGGCAUGAGAAAUGUUUCAAGUGCUCGGCCUGCUCCACUUCUCUAGCUGACCGACCGUUUGCCACAAAAGAUGAGCAACUCUACUGUUCUGACUGUUAUGACGAACGCUUUGCGGCACGUUGUGAUGGCUGCCAGUCUGUCUUCAAGGCUGGGAUGCGUAAAUAUGAAUAUAGAGGCCAGCAGUGGCACGAGGAAUGCUUUAUCUGUGUCGAGUGCACCCAGCCUAUUGGCGCAAAAAGCUUUAUUCCUCGUGAGAACCAAGUCGUUUGUGUCGGUUGUUAUGAGGCCAAAUAUGCCCAGCGCUGCACCCAAUGUCAAUCGGUGAUUCGACGUGGCGGUGUCACUUACAAGGGGAAUCCUUGGCACAAGGAAUGCUUCACAUGUAGCAACUGCUCUAAACAACUGGCUGGACUAAAAUUCACAUCAAAGGAUGAGCGACCUUACUGUGCCGAUUGCUAUGGUGAACUCUUCGCCAAAAAAUGCACCAAAUGCACAAAGCCUAUAACUGGUAAGUGCUUUUCUCUUUUAAUUGUCCACAAGAGACAUGAUGAACAUCUUUGUAUGGGUGCAUCUUUUGCGUUUACUCAGCUUUUUUUAGACUAA